UUCCGCUAGAAAGCGAGCGCCGAGCGAGAUCGCGAAUUUUCUAGACUCCCGCACUAUCCCGCACGUUUGCAACGGCACCGAGCGCCAGCGCACGCCGUAGCACCUACCCUGCGCUGUUUUUCUAACUUAGCGAAGCUCGAUUCAUCGAGGAAUAAAACCUUGCUCUUCGGCGCUACCGCCUGCCACUAGGAAAACAUGGCCAAAUGGGGCGAAGGUGACCCACGCUGGAUCGUCGAAGAGAGGCCCGACGCUACCAACGUGAACAACUGGCAUUGGACCGAGAAGAAUGCCUCGUAUUGGUCCAAGGACAAGCUAACCGAGCUCCUCACCAACAUCGAAGUGAGCGACUCUAGAGGGACCUGCAAGAUCGUGGAAAUGCCAAGAUGCGAAGGUGAGGCCUCCGCCAACAACCGGAAGGCAAAGCUCAUCUUCUUUUACGAGUGGGUCAUUGAACUCAAGUGGCAGGGUGAGCCUGACGACAGCGACGAGCUCAUCGAAGGAAAAGUGGAAAUACCGAACCUCAGUGAAGAGCACGACCCGAGCGAUGUGGACGUCACGGUGUCCGUCUCGUCCAAAGGUGACAAGGCCGAAGCAUUAAAGGAGCUAAUGAGAUCGAAGGGUACCAAAAUCAUCCGAGAAAGGCUAGAAACCUAUAUUUCGGCACUUAAAAAAGAAUUUUCGCAAGGCAUGAUCCUGCCCACGAAGAGUGAUUCCAUCAACCAGGUCAAGUCGACGGGCAAGACGACGGUCAACUACAAGCAAACGCCACUAAACGGCUCGUCGGGCGACAAGGCACCCAGCCUCGUCAAGGUGGACACCACCAGCAUAAUGCAGGCGGAGACCUUCAAGUGCACGGCCGAAGAGCUGUACCGCGCCCUGACCGUCCAGGAGAUGGUGCAGGCAUUCAGCCAAAGCUCGUGCGUUUUGGAGGCCCAGAACGGAGGGAGGUUUGAGCUCUUUGGGGGCAAUGUCAGUGGAACGUUCGUGGAGCUAGUUCCCGACAAGAAGAUCCGCAUGCGGUGGCGGUUCGGCAGCUGGCCCCAGGGUCACUACUCCGACGUGACCAUCGAUAUUGAGCAGAAGUCGGACUGCACAGAGGUGACGCUGACGCAGGAGGGGGUCCCACAGGGAGAGGCCGACCGCACACGUGACGGCUGGCAGCGUCACUACUGGGACAGCAUGAAGAGAACGUUUGGAUUCGGAGCCAUCCUGUUCUAAAGCAAAGGACUGUGAGUGUUGCGGCUGCCCCCACCAAAGGCAGGAGAAGACGUGACUCUGAAAUGCUGCUGUGCACACCCCCGUCACACGGUGUGACGGAUAACAACUGUGGGUGGUGGUUUCGUGUGCCGACUUGCGUAACACACUUGCGUUUGUGAAGUGUUUGGAAUGGGACUUUGAAAGUACCAGACUGCCGUGACUCUUUUGUGAGGAAUGGGGGGUGUUGCGGGGGCUUCUGGGUACUAAUCCGCACAAUUCUGCCGGUCUCCUGUUUCGCAUUGCCCGCUUAGUGUUCUAGUGCACAACUGAGUCCUCUGCGUGCAGUACUGUAACAGCAACCCACUUUUUUUUUUUCUAAAACGGUGACCGCCUUGAUUCAUUUUCAUGCCUUGUGUGCAGUUGUCAGGCUGACAAUUGAAUUUACAUGAAGCAAAUGAGUUUACACAAAGUCCAGUGAUGAAUUCUUAUGAACUCCAAGUUCUUGCGACUAGUGUGAGUAGAAAGUUGUGAAUGUUUGAUUUAGCAAACAUUCCGUGCUUAAAAAACAAGAUUGCUUUUGCAGUAAGACUUUGCAACAAAGUGACAUCCGGUGUGAUUAAAAACAUCUCAUGAGAACUGCUUUUCAUACUUUUCAUGCAUGUUAUCAAUCUUCCAGAAUGUGCAGCCUGUGCAACUCUGCUAAAUACCCACAAAAAAAAGGCAGGAAACUUCAUUUUGCUUAUUCAGACUCGCUGUCUCUUCAUUUGGAGCCUGUGCUACUGUGGUGAUACUCCAAGACAUUUGUAUGGAAAGUGUUGUUGGAAGCUGUAAAUAAAAAC